GACUGUACGUUUCAAACUGGUUGUUUGAUUGACGAACAGUCAAAGUUGGGUAGAAAUAAGACCUGAUGAUGAUAAAUCUACAUAUAUUUUAGGAUCAUUUUCAGAUAAGGAGGGAAGUAAACAGGCUGUAAAACAGGCUGGAAGUUGGUUUCUGCCAACUAGUUCAGAAGGUGUGUCGUAAAGCUCUCUUCCUUCUGUGUUAACCAGUUAGUAAAAACAGGUCAGUGAACAACAAGGAAGAGAAGAUGUCAUUGCUGGUUUUAGAGACUAAGUGGAAAUCAGCCCUGACCUCCAUCCUGGAGCACCUAACCCAAUCAGAACUCAGGAAGUUGCUGUUCAAACUGGACAAAAUCCCUCAAGGUCUGACGAAUGAGACGCCCAGAGAAAGACUCCCUGAUAUAAUCAUCCAGCACUACGGGACAGAAGGGUCCAUCUCUGUAAUCAAUAAAGAAAUGAAGGUCUUACCGAGGAAUGACGCUAGAGUCCAGGAGCCGCUGCGCCCCUUUGUGGACCGAGUGAAACAACUGAAGAAACAGCGACAGGAAACAAAAGGUCAGCUGAAUAGCUGCCAACCUGAGAAGAAAAAAGGUCAACUUUCUGGUCAGGGCUCCAUUGAGAGAAAAAGGAAGAUGGAUCCUGUUGGAGUCAAAAAGCCCGAACCGAAGACAGAGCAGCAAGAAACUCUGAAUCUUUCUUCUCCGUCUCUGAAACCAGAUGAAACUACCAAAACCUCCAAGAUGGAUCCUGUUGGAGUCAAGAAGCCUAAACACAAGACAGAGCAGCAAGAAACUCUGAAUCUUUCUUCUCCGUCUCUGAAACCAGAUGAAACUACCAAAACCUCCAAGGUUCCCAGUGAAGCGCUCCAGACUGGGAGGGUUAAGAUAAUAGGAAUCAAAGUGUCCAAUACGAGGAACACUCACCUGGAUGUAGAGUUCAACGGCGAGCUGAAGGCGUUUUAUGUGACAACUCGACUUCUUGCAGACGCAUUUGGCAUCAAAGCAAAUGAUGAUUUUAAAGAAAUCUUCUCUUCUCUGAUGCCGCUCAACGCAGAAGCACAAAUACAAGGAAAGAGGAUUAUAGCAAUAAAGAAUUACACUUAUUUGUAGAAGUCGAAUUGGACUGGAGUGGGUUGGAGUGUACAGUUGGAUUGUGGUUGUCUUACCGGCCGUGAUUGGUCCAUUCUGAGUUAUUGGAACUUUUGGUGGAAUCCCAGAGUUGUCCGAUCAUUAUCAGCCGAUAUUGGUUCUAAAUCAUUUGAUCAGUAACAGUAAGUGUAUCAGUAAGUGUAUCAGUAAGUGUAAAUGUAUCAGUAAGUGUAUCAGUAACAGUAAGUGUAUCAGUAAGUGUAUCAGUAACAGUAAGUGUAUCAGUAAGUGUAUGUGUAUCAGUAAGUGUAUCAGUAACAGUAAGUGUAUCAGUAAGUGUAAAUGUAACAGUAAGUGUAUCAGUAAGUGUAUGUGUAUCAGUAAGUGUAUCAGUAACAGUAAGUGUAUCAGUAAGUGUAUGUGUAUCAGUAAGUGUAUCAGUAACAGUAAGUGUAUCAGUAAGUGUAUGUGUAUCAGUAAGUGUAUCAGUAACAGUAAGUGUAUCAGUAAGUGUAUGUGUAUCAGUAAGUGUAUCAGUAACAGUAAGUGUAUCAGUAAGUGUAAAUGUAACAGUAAGUGUAUCAGUAUCAGUAAGUGUAUCAGUAUCAGUAAGUGUAAGUGUAUCAGUAAGUGUAACAGUAAGUGUAUCAGUAUCAGUAAGUGUAUCAGUAUCAGUAAGUGUAUCAGUAAGUGUAUCAGUAAGUGUAAGUGUAACAGUAAGUGUAUCAGUAUCAGUAAGUGUAUCAGUAAGUGUAUCAGUAUCAGUAAGUGUAUCAGUAAGUGUAUCAGUAACAGUAAGUGUAUCAGUAAGUGUAAGUGUAACAGUAAGUGUAACAUAUAAGAAGAUAUAUAUUGCUAGAAGCCGUCUGGCUCCCAACCCGACAUCUUCUUCAGGAGCGGUUCAAUCCCCAAAUUAUUAAAACUGAUACAAACCAACAAUCAUGUGUUCAUCCAUUAAACAUUAUUGGUGAAGUUCA